AUGCAAUAUGAAGCUGGAGUCUAUACUACUCUGAUUGCACAAGCAAAUUGCAAGCUAUCAAGUUCACUACCAUCACCAACCACUUUUAUCAUUCAUCAUGACGAAUACCACCUACCCAGCGAAGAGAACGACGUCCUAUCCGCCAUCGCAGGCAUGGGAUACUUGUACUUUGCCUUUUGUAUGGACUGCCUGGUCGGCCUCUUAUUGUUGCUCGCCAUUCCCCGUGUGAUCGCCAUGUUCGUUGCUCGCUGCCGCGAGAAGCGUCAAGAGCACCGUGAUGCACAUAGGCGUACUUGGGAAACUGAGAAGUCGAGAAGCCUGCCAGUGACGAAUACUCCAACACACCAUAGCACCGGUGACAUCCGAAGGGAUGACGAGGAGACAGCCAAAAUCCUGGCUCUAACGAAAAUUCGCAGUAAACUGCCAAAGAAGGUAUCGCAGCGAGCCCAGGAAGUGAUCGAGUGA